AUGACGUGUGCUUCACUGCUCUGCACUGUACCCCUCUGCACUGCACCCCUCUGCACUGCACCCCUCUGCACUGCACCCCUCUGCACUGCAUCCUGUGUGCGCUGUUGCGUGCGCGAGCAGGAGGUCGACACCCUGUGUGAGGAGUGGGUGCCUGAGCCGCUGCACCCGCCCGCUCCUCCUCAAGCCCUCGCCCGCCACGUGCCCGUGCUCGACAAGGCGGGAGAGCCAUGGACGGUGGCAGACGGGCGCAAGAUGCUGAAUCUGGCGUCUAUGAACUUCCUGGGGCUCAUUGGCAACACGCAUGUGCAGGAUGCGGCCACAGCGGCCCUGCACAAGUACGGGGUGGGCUCGUGUGGCCCGCGUGGAUUCUACGGCACCAUAGACGUGCAUCUGGAUCUGGAGGAGCGCAUAGCGGCGUUCAUGGGUGUGGAGGGGUGCAUUCUCUACUCCUACGGCCUCGCCACUGUCGCCUCCACCAUCCCCGCCUUCUGCAAGCGCGGCGACCUUAUUAUUGCUGACGAGGGAGUGGGGUGGGCGAUGCAGAACGGCAUGACACUGGCGCGCAGCACGGUGCGCUACUUCCGCCACAACGACAUGCGUCACCUGGAGCAGCUGCUGCAGCAGCACGCUGCCGCCGACCGCAAGAGCAACAAGACCGACAUCCGCCGCUUCAUUGCCGUUGAAGCUCUGUACCAGUGUUCGGGCGAGCUGCUACCCCUGCCAGAGCUGGUGCGGCUGAAGGAGAAGUACAAGUUCCGCAUCAUUGUGGAGGAGAGCCUGUCCUUCGGCGUGCUGGGGCCCACGGGGCGCGGCAUAUCAGAGCACUACGGCAUGCCCGUGACCAACAUUGACAUUAUUGUCGCUGCUAUGGGCACUUCGCUUGCUUCUGUUGGAGGGUUCUGCUGUGGCAGCGCCAAGGUGGUGGAUCACCAGCGGCUGGGCGGCAUGGGGUACUGUUUCUCAGCGUCACUGCCACCGUUCCUGGCGUCUGCAGCCAUGGCAGCGCUGGAUGAGAUGGAGGCACGCCCCAAUGCACGCUCCCUCCUGCAAUCUAACGCCAGCACCUUCCGGGAAGCCAUGGCGACCCACUGCCCUGAUCUGGAGGUCCAUGGCCAUUCUGUGUCGCCAGUGGUGCUGCUGCGGGUGCGCAAGGGAGCAGGCGCAGGGGGCGCGGUGCAGGAUGGGGAGGAGGAGCCUGCCGUGCUGCAGAGGAUAGUGGAUGAGAUGCGGGAGGGGGAGGAUGUGCUGGUGAGUGUUCCGCUGCGCUCUCCUCUCGACAUAUGCCCCUUGCCGGCGGGCAUCCGGGUGUGCAUGUCCGCAGGGCAUUCGCAGGACGACAUGCUGCUGGCAGCUAAGGCCUUUGGCCGGGCAACUGCUCGUGUGCUCGUAACGCUGGGUUACCUUCCCGGGCCCGCCAUCACGGCGCACGCGCUGAGGCGCCUCUCCAUGGCCACAGUUUCCGCCUUUGCGCCCACCUUCUCCCCUGCGCACUGCCUGCACCGCUCCGCCGCAGCCUCCGCCGCGACGCCGUUGCGCCAGGCCCGCGCGCUCAUGGCGGGGGCUAUGGGCGUUUUGCGAAAUGCGGCGGUUCCCCGUAGUACUGGUAUUAGCGGGACUGCGCGCCAAGGGGUAGGGAUAUUGGAACGCGAAACCACGGCGCAGGGACGUGAAAGCGGAGAAGUUAGUCUAUACCGCCGCGACGCGGGACUAAAUGGCGGCAGUUUUAGCCUUGAGAGAAGAAUGCGAUUGGUCAGCGUGGAUUGCGGCAGCAGCAGCACCACCAGCCGCCAAUGCAGCGCCGUUUCGCGCCAAGCGCAAAGAUCGGCGCUCGCGCUCCGCCAUCGCUGCUUCGGAUCAACGGUCGGUCCGCUGCGAGGCAGCCACCACCCGCAACGCAGCCACUUUUCAUUCCAUCCAACCGCUCUGCCACUAUCCGGCCCCACACUCCCCAGCAGCAGCAGCAGCAGAAGUUCCUGCGGCGGAUUCAACCGGGAGAGUGGUUUCAGAGGGGUUUGCGCGCGGGCUGGCGCGAAUGUGGACACGAGUGCGACGGCGACGGAGGAGCAGAGGGGAGGAGCGGGCGUGGACACGGGGGAGGAGGCAACUGCCAGCGGGGCAGUGAAUGGCGAGGAGGCAGCGCAGCAGGCGAGCAGGACGGGCAAGGGAAAGCAGAAGGGGGAUGUGAAGGCGACUGAGAAGAGGAAAGGGAAGGGGAAGGGUGAGGUGGUGAGGCUGAUGCUGCAUAACACGAUGAGUCGGAGUAAGGAGGAGUUUGUGCCGCUACGGGCGGGGCACGUGGGCAUGUAUGUGUGCGGUGUGACUGUAUACGAUUACAGUCACAUCGGACAUGCCCGCGUGUACGUCUCUUUCGACGUCCUCUACAGGUAUCUGCAGCACAUGGGGUACAACGUCACGUAUGUGCGCAACUUCACGGAUGUCGAUGACAAGAUCAUCAAGCGUGCAUUGGAUCUGGGCGAAGAUCCGCUGCAUCUGAGCCGUCGGUUCAUCACAGAGUUCCAUGCGGACAUGCAUGCACUGGGGUGCCUGCCCCCCACGCAUGAGCCCAAGGUGUCAGAACACAUCCCUGACAUCAUCCACAUGAUCCAACAGAUAGUGGAUUCGGGUGCAGGCUAUGUUGUGGAUGGCGGAGAUGUCUUCUUUGAUGUGGACAAAGCGGAGGGGUAUGGCCAGCUGUCGGGGCGGCGGCAGGAGGAGAACCGGGCGGGCGAGCGGGUGGCAGUGGACGAGAGGAAGAGGAACCCGGCUGACUUUGCCCUCUGGAAGAGUGCCAAGCCGGGUGAGGUGUCGUGGGCCAGUCCGUGGGGUGCGGGGCGGCCGGGGUGGCACAUAGAGUGCAGCGCCAUGAGCAAACGCUACCUGGGCUUCCGAUUUGACAUCCACGGGGGUGGGCGCGACCUCAUCUUCCCCCACCAUGAGAACGAGCUCGCUCAGAGCAAAGCGGCGGCGGCAGCGGCGGCGGCAGCUGGUGGUGAUGGUGCUGUUCAGGCGCAGCAGCAUGUGCAGCAGGACGAGCAGCAGCAGCAGGAGGAGCAGCAGGAGGGGUGUUUGCACUGCGCAGCAGAGCAUCGGGGCGAGGAGGGGGAGGCGUGUGGGGUGUCGGUGUGGCUGCACAACGGCUUUGUGAAUGUGGACUCGGAGAAGAUGUCCAAGUCCCUCGGGAACUUCUUCACCAUCCGCGAGGUCAGCUGCACACUGCCCUCCUUUGAUGCACCAUGGGGGGAAGGGGGCGGUGUGGGGGAGAGGGAGGAGGGGAGGGGGAGGGGGGGAGGAAUGGGGGUGCUGGAUCGUUUUCACGCGGUGACAGUGCGGUGGUUCCUGCUGUGCACGCACUACCGAUCGCCCAUCAACUACAGCGACCGCCAGCUCGACCGUGCCUCUGACCGCGUCUUCUACCUCUACCAGCUCUUGGCCGAUUGUGAAACCGCCAACUGCCAGCAGCAUCAGGCAUCAUCUGGUGCAGGCGCAUCCAAGCCUCCUCCUGCGCCAGCCAAGGCAGCGGUAACAGCAGCGGCGCAGGUGCGGUUGGCGGCAGCAGCAGCGUUGGCGGAUGAUCUGCACACGGCGCAGGCAGUGGCAAGCCUGUCAGAGCCCCUCAAGCUCAUGGCGGACCUGCUGGGGGCGAAGAAGUACAAGAAGGAUCCCGCCAGGGUGCCAUCGCUCAUGGUGCUGCAGGAAGCGGUGCUCUCCGUGCUCGCCCUCCUUGGCCUUCCCACCACUGGAUUCUCCCCGGUUAUUCGCUUGCUGAACCUUCCUACUCCCUCGCUCUCGCUCGCUGUGUCUUCCUUCCCCGCCUUCCCCACGCCAGCUGCUGGAGGAGCUGCGCCAGCUGGCACAUCCUUGUGCUGCCUUGAUCAUUCCCUCUCUUACUACUCUUGCCGAACCUUCUCUCCCGCACACUCUCCUGUUCACUGUGCCUCCUCUCCUUCCCCGCCUUCCCCACCGCAGCUGCUGGAGGAGCUGAAGCAGCUGGCGCUGAAACGCGCAGGGAUGAGCGCGGAGCAGGUGCAGGGGAUGCUGGAGCAGCGCGAUGAGGCGAGGAAGGCCAAGGACUUUGCACGGUCGGAUGCGGUUCGUGAUGAGCUGGCCCUGGUGGGAAUCAUGCUCAUGGACACACCUGCUGGCACCGCCUGGAGGCCUGCUGCUAUCUCUGCCCAGGAUGAUGCUGAUGAAUCUAGCGGGCUGGUGUGA